CGAGCCAAUCAGAAGGCUGGGUUUGGCAGGUAAAAAAAAAAAAUGGCGGCUCAACUUGCAUUACAAAUUCAAAACACAAGAUGUUAUCAUAGUUAAAACGUACAAUCGCGAGCCCCGUUGUGCAAGAAACUAUCUGCGGCCAAAUUAAUACUAGAUAAAGAUUCAUAUAUGGAAAAUAUGGCUUCUGAGCUGGAAUCAGGGGUGGAAAAAGCGAGGUUAUCAGUAAUGCAUAAGUCAAGAAUCACGGCACAAGAAGCACUGAGCAUUGAAGAAAAAUCUCCUCUCUUUAAACCUAAAAUAAGGCAAAAUCCAUUGUCUAAAAAAGGGCAAAUACUUUUAGUUGCCGAGCUUUCUGCAGCUGCGAUGCUAUCGUUAUUUAUCGUACCGUUGCUUUUUCUUGUUCUUGUCGUGUUAAAGGCAGGGUUAUCGGUGUUGAAGUUUUAUGUGAAGCGGAAGUAUAAUUGUAUCCCUCUGAAGGAAGACGAUGCCGUUUGGCAACAGGAAACGCCGACGAAUCGCCACAUCAUUCACGCUUUCAUGCUGAUGGAAGGCGAACCUAAUGUCGCAGAACUUAAGAGUAUAGUGUGUGAGCGACUGGUGUUCAGGGUGAACGACCAAAAUGAACGGAUAUGUCCACGAAUGACACAGGCGAUAAAACGAUACCACGGUGUGUAUGUUUGGCAAGAAGACUGCCAAUUCAGCAUUGAUAAGCAUUUCUGCGUAUGGGACGGUAAACUUGCAAAGACCAAACAAGAACUAGAGGAAGUUAUCUCUGAAAUUGCAUCAAUGUCUCUACCUGAUAACCAGUCCCCUUGGCAGUUCUAUGUGGUUCCAACAAAGUUUGAGAGCCCAUCCUUCGUUUUUCUACUACGUAUCCACCAUAGCGUUGGUGAUGGGGUCUCACUUACUAGAGUAUUUGUAAAGAAUUUAUAUGACAAGCCACCAGUGGGAAUUGAGCCCAAGAAAUUCUCUACUAAGCAUAGACUUUUGAUGUGGUGCAAAGCAAUCCUUGUGGGUCCCAUGGUGGUGGUGAAGAAAUUCCUCACCAAACCGGACUUUUCUCUGGUACAUGGCCAGGCACUGUCUGGCAAAAAAGUGGUAUCCUGGUCUACAGAUGUGAAUAUGGCAUUGGUGAAGCAUAUAAAGAAUAUGACAGGUACCACCGUCAAUGAUGUAAUGGUUUCCUGCAUCUCAGGGGCUAUCCAUGACUAUCUGAAAAAGCACAGCAUCACGCAACCUGAGGACAUGUGGGCAUCUGUUCCGGUAGACAUCCGCUCAACAAGAAAUUCAUUAACUGUUGAGAACAAAUUUGCAUUGGUGUUCCUGCGUCUUCCUGUUGUCGCUGGUAGCCCUCUGGAGAGGCUGUAUGCCGCCAAAGAACGCAUGGACGUGAUCAAGACAUCAGCAGAACCCCUAGUCACCUCGACGACUGUCACUCUUCUCAUGAUGUUGCCAGGGUGGUUCUCACGUGUCUUGAUAAACUUCUUUUCCAACAAGAUGUCUUGCGUUCUGUCCAAUAUUCCUGGUCCUGCAGAGCUGCUUAGUGUCGGUGGCCAAGUAGUGAAGGAGGGGAUUUUCUGGCCCCCCCAAAGAGCAAGUAUCGGCCUUGGCCUUUCUAUUUUUAGCUAUGGCGGUGGUAUGAGAGUUGGCGUGUUUGCUGAUAAGAAUAUUAUUUCCUACCCUGCUGAGGUGACAGAAGGUUUCGUCAAGAAUUUCAAUGAAUUGGCAAACUCUCUUAACUGCAACAAAAGAGAUUAGAAACUGGAAAUUUAUAAACUAGUAUCAAUCAAACCACCCUUUUUUCGGGGUAAGGCAAAUUUGGCUUGAAUCACAUCUUUUUCAGUCUAGCUCACAAAAUUAUCUACAGCUACAAAGAUAGAUAUAUAGAAGUUAGAAAAUAACAGACCAUUUUUCUUCCAAGAACAAAUAAGUGUCAAUAUCAAAUUUAUAAAUCAAUAUCUUUUGGUUUUAUAAAAAAAUGCAAAAGUUAUAAUUACCAAUUUUUUCACUUGGCAUAUAAAUGUGGUUACAUAGCAAAGCAUUUAUAAAGCAUUUUAAAACUUGGUAUUGGUCUGAUCUUUCUGACUUGAUUAAACUUUAACACAAAGAAUCACGAUGUUGAUGAUAAGAGUUGAUGAUACUAAUAUGUGGAGAGUAAUAUAUAGAAGAUUCUAGACAACAUUUAGGAAGAGAAAGCACACACACAGACAAAGUCCCAAUCUAUGCUUUUAUUAAAAUCAACUCUAUUUACAAUGUGAAAAGUAUGAUGACUUUGAUCCAUUAAUAAUGCACCAAGAAGCUAAGUUAUCAAUAAAAUAUUUUCUGAUGA